CAACCCCUCUACUCAACCAACAUGCCAAAUGCACAUAUCACAAUCAAAAUAAAAAAUCUUAACCCAUUUUCAUUAUUUAAUCAAAGAUAUUCUUCUACUAUCUGAUGCUUCAGAUUCAGUCUAUAGUCACCAUCUUCCAAUCGCUCAUCAACCUGAUCAAAGACAAAUAAAAAUCUUGGCAAACACGAUAGUUUCUCUCCUCUUUUUGCCACUAAAACAUCAUUCUUCAAUGGCUGGCUUAUCGAUUUCCAAGGCCAGUUUAGUUGUCAUUCUUGGGCUACUAGGCAAUAUCACCACAGGGCUUGUCUACCUUGCACCUGUGAAGACAUUUUGGAGAAUUGUGGUGAAUAGAUCAACUGAAGAAUUUGAAAGUGCUCCUUAUAUGUUCAAGUUGCUAAAUGCUUAUUUUUGGGUCUACUAUGGAAUCAUCAAGCCUAAUAGCAUACUCGUUGCUACGGUUAACGGUUUUGGUGCUGUGUUAGAGAUCAUUUUUGUCUCCCUCUUUCUAAUUAAUUUUUGCACCUCCAAGACUGAGGUGGUUGUCAAAUCCAAAAACUGGUUUUGACAUAGUUGUUCCUGGAAGCAGUGUUCCGAAAUGGUUUAGCCAUCAAAGUUCAGGAGACUCUUUAACAAGAAUAGAGCUACCACCAAUUUGUUCUGAUAGUAAAUGGAUG